CAAGCUUUAACCUUAGAGGUCUUACUUACCCCGGUACCUCGCACCUACCUAGUGAGGAAUCCUUGACAUUUACCUAUCUCUUCGGAAGAGAAAGCCUUCGUUAGGCUAGAUCGAACUCGAGAUGGCCAUUACGUAGUGAUUAGUUAUUACCUAGUGCCAUUUGUUUGGCGGGUUUUCUCCAUUUACAACUUCAAAUAUUCCAAGAGUUUGGUAGAUUUUGUUGAUUUUGAGUUUCUCUACUCUUCAUUCCAACUAUUUGCCGAUCUCCUACUAAACGCCAUCCUCCACCACACGUACCUAAGUAUAACUCAACUGCUACAUGACUUUUCAUAUAUCACGCAGUCAAUAUCACCUAGUUUCGAAGUAAAACGCCACGGUUUAAUUCUUCAGUUCGAAAAUGGCCACGGAGGAGAAGUCAAUUGGCAAGGGACAAGAGGACCCUGGCUUUUUCGAAAGAGACGUUGGAAUGGGCGACGAUGCUCAUUCCUCUCUAGGUCAAGGCGAUGCUGAGGACAUUUUAGCUCUUCAGGAUUUGGACCCUGCGCUCAAUGCGAAAAUGCACCUUGUCAAUAACGUGAUUGAUGAGAUUGGUUGGACUAACUACCAUUGGAAACUAUUCGUCUUGAACGGAUUUGGAUAUGCUGUCGAUUCUUUAGUUCUCUUACUACAGAGCAAUAUUGCAGGUCCGGCCUUUAAGGAGUUUGGUGAGGUCGGUUACGCCAAUGCCCAAACAAUCGCAACAUACGUCGGAAUGCUCAUAGGAGCGCUCUUUUGGGGUAUGGGCGCCGACAUCAUAGGCCGACGUUGGGCGUUCAACAUAUCCCUCUUCAUUUCUGCUGUGGCGACUAUUGUUUCUGGGGCGGCUCCAAAUUGGGCAUCCUUAGGGUUCUUUACUGCCAUGGUGGGAUUCGGUGCUGGUGGUAAUCUUAUCCUAGAUACCACAGUCUUUCUCGAGUACCUCCCCAGCAACAAGCAGUGGGCGUUGACUUUCUUGGCCUGUUGGUGGGGUAUUGGUCAAGCCGUCACUGGCUUCAUUUGUUGGGGUUUCUUAGUUCCGUCUCAGUGGAACUGCGAGUCAGCCGACAACUGUCCGAGAAAUUCCAAUCAAGGCUGGCGAUACGUCAUGUAUACUUCUGGUGCCCUUGUCUUUGCCAUGUCCAUUGCGCGUAUCACCGUCGUUCGGCUACAAGAAACACCAAAAUACCGCCUCGGGACAGGAGAAGAUGCUGAGUUGGUUGAGACGUUACAUUCUAUCGCGAAGAGAUAUAAUCGUACCUGUACGCUGACUUUGGAAAAAUUGGAAGCUUGUGGGACGGUCAAGACAGCCCACAGUGAGAGCCGCUAUUCUCUCUCUGAGAGCUUCGUGCAUAUCUCUGGACUUUUCGCUACAAGGAAAAUUGGUCUUUCAACUGUACUCAUUUGGCUCUCCUGGACACUGAUUGGGCUUGCUUACCCUCUCUUCUACGUCUUCUUAAACUCUUAUCUCGCUAGUCGCGGAGCCACCGACGGUGUUGGUACUUUCGAUACAUGGCGUAAUUAUACACUUACGAAUAUUUCUGGUAUCUUUGGACCAGUUCUAGCGGCAUGGAUGUGCAACAUGAAGGUCCUCGGCCGAAAGUAUACUAUGGUAGUAGGCGCACUGAUAACCAUGGCUUUCUUCUUCGCAUACACUGCCGUAUCAACCCCGGCGCAAAACGUCGGGUUUAGUUGCGCUAUCGCAUUUUGUAUCAACAUCUACUACGGAACAUUAUACGCUUACACUCCCGAGGUGCUACCAAGUGCUCAUCGAGCCACGGGAAAUGGCAUCGCUGUGGGCUGUAAUCGUAUCAUGGGUAUCAUAUCCGCUGUAGUAGACAGUACCGCCAACACAGGGUCUGUGGCUCCUAUUUACAUCUGUGCGGCGCUUUUUCUUGCAAUGGCAGUUAUUAGUGCGAUAUUUCCCUUCGAGCCAUAUGGACGAAGAAGCUCGUAAAGCAUAGACAAGCUACAGCAUCACACAACCUCCUUAGACUUCAUUCACUAUGGCCGGAGUUGGAUAGAAGGCACUCAAGGUUUAUGAUUCAUUUCUGCGCGAUGGAUGAUGAGUGAGUUACGGUGCUGGCUGUGGGUGGAUAUAUUUCAAGGUUGGAAUAUCAUAGGAGCUGCUUGGAAUACUAGCAUCAUCCUUCAGCAUUCGCCCUUAGUCUGCAACCUACCUAAGUAAACGGCUAGCUUGGCAAGUCCCGUUGAAGAAAGUCGGGAUUAUUGGCGUUGCUCCGCCAAGUUAGCCAUAGAAUAUACCCUUUGAUACCAAGUUCAAAUGUUCGCAGGUAACAAUAUAUGAUAUCACACAUCA